AUGACGACCCAACGUCUCAAACAGCGCCAGCCGCCCGCUGAGGCGCCCGUCAUCACCAAGCUCAAGGCUCAGCGCUCCGCGACACCGCCCGACCCGCAGGGCCCCGAUCCCGCCCAGCAUCCAGCUGGCAAGAUCAAGCAUGGCUUCGUGGUCCAGACGAUCCGCAUGUGUCUGUUCGCCCUCUACUUCAACUCGAGCAUCGUUGCCAUCGCCAUGACGCAAUAUGCCGGCUUGCCCUUGUAUUUCUACAGCAAGAAUCUCUUCUACGCAUGGAUGGCCGUGUCCAAGCAGCACUUCGGCAUCGUCCUCACCACCAUGACGUCCUGGUGGGCCCCGGCCACGAUGCGUGUCAGUGGAGACGAGAGUGUCCGCGGGCAGCUGAGAAAGACAAGAGACGGGAGGCUAGAAUGCGAUUUCCCCGAGCGAAUCGUGCUCGUUUCAAACCACCAAAUUUACACCGACUGGGUCUACCUCUGGUGGAUAAGCUACACCGCUUCCAUGCAUGGCCAUCUCUACAUUAUUCUUAAAGAGUCGUUGAAAUACAUACCCGUUGUCGGCUGGGCCAUGGCCCUCUACGGCUUCAUCUUUCUCUCCCGCAAAUGGGCGACAGAUAAAGAACGCUUCCAGCAUCGGCUGGAAAGGCUGAACAGCAGCCAUAGCGGUCCCUUGUCGGGAUCCAAGGGCCUUGACCCCAUGUGGCUGCUCAUCUUCCCCGAAGGCACAAACCUUAGUCACAACGGCCGAGUGGCGAGCCAAAAGUGGGCAGAAAAGAACCAAAUGGAAGAUCUCAGACACGCAUUGCUGCCAAGAAGCACUGGCUUGUUGUUUUGUUUGCAGCAGCUCAAAGACACUGUCGAUUAUCUGUAUGACUGUACAGUGGCUUACGAGGGCGUGCCCGUCGGCCAAUAUGGCCAAGAUCUCUUCACGCUCCGCGGUACCUACUUCCAAGGUCGCCCUCCAAAGUCCGUAAACAUGUACUGGCGUCGCUUCGCUGUGGCUGAUAUUCCCAUACAUGAUGAGAAGGAAUUUUCCGACUGGCUUCUCGCUCGCUGGCGCGAAAAGGAUGACCUCCUGCAGCACUUUGUCGAACAUCAGCGUUUCCCCGCAGACGAAGGCCAAACACCCAACGUGAAUGGCGGACAACCCUUGAAGGGCGCAGGCUGGAUCGAGACGGAUGUCCGACCAGCCAAGUGGUAUGAAUGGCUGCAAAUUUUCGUACCAACUGCCGCUUUGGCACUCAUCGCCAAUGUGUUUGUCAAGAUUUACAACAUCGUAAUGAAUGUGGCUGGUGUGAAGUCGUAA